UUGCAACUUCCUAGCUAAAUCUUCACCUCAGCUCCUGACAUGAAUUUCAUGAACUCUCAAACCAAGCAAAAAACCCAAUCAUCAUCAUCUCUCAACCACAACAAGAAGAGGCUAACCCAAGACCAAGUGAAGCUCUUGGAGGCGAGUUUCGACUCCAACAAGAAACUCGACCCGGAGCGCAAGUUCCAGCUCGCGCGGGACCUAGGGGUCCCACCGCGACAGGUUGCAAUUUGGUAUCAGAACAGGCGAGCGCGAUGGAAGAGCCAGAGCCUGGAGCUCGACUACAGUGCACUCCAGGUGAAGCUCGAGAGCGCGUUGGCUGAAAAGAAACAUCUCGAGAAAGAGAUGGGGAAGCUGAGGGAAGAGCUGAAGAGGGCAGAAGAGAUGUUGGUGGUUGGAGCCUCACCAUCAUUAUCACAAGGGCUGCAAGAAGGGGCAGCCAUAGCUAGGGUUUCUUCAUUUUCUCCACCUAGCUGUUGUGAUGAAGGCAUGAGCUCCAGCUUCCAAGAUGAGGAGGGGUUGCAGUUUGAGGAGCUGUAUGCUUCCCUUGUUGGUGCAGAAGAUUAUGGGUCAAAUACAAAUUCUAGUUCGAGUUGGGCAAAUGGGAAACAUUUCUGGGUCUAAUAACAUGCAUAAAUGAAUUUUUUUUAAUAAAAGAUAUUCAUUUUAUGCAAUCUUUAUUAUUGACUUCAAUUCCCCAGGGAAAGAUGAUUUUCAUUUCUUUUCAAUUCAUAUGGCAGUGGCCAGUAGUGGGAGUUAAGUUUGCUUUUUGUUUUUUUCUUUCCCUUUUGGUGAACAUAAAUAAGAACGUAACUUUCA